AUGAAUACUACCACCUCUACUGUUGCAGCAGCAGUUGUCGACCAGUUCCAGUCUUUGAACUCUUCCUCUUCAUGCUUCUUGAAGGUUCAUGUUCCUUCCAUUGAAAACCCAUUCGGUAUUGAAUUAUGGCCAAUUUUCUCCAAGGUUUUCGAAUACUUUAGUGGCUAUCCAGCAGAGCAAUUUCAGUUCGUUCAUAAUAAGACUUUCUUGGCUAAUGGGUACCAUGCGGUUGGUAUUAUUAUCGUCUAUUACAUUAUCAUCUUUGGUGGCCAAGCUAUCUUACGCGCCUUGAACACUUCUCCAUUGAAAUUUAAACUGCUCUUCGAGAUGCACAACUUGUUUUUGACCUCUGCUUCACUAAUCUUAUGGUUGUUGAUGCUAGAACAGUUGAUUCCUAUGGUUUAUCACAAUGGUCUAUUCUGGUCCAUCUGCUCCAAGGAAGCCUUCGCACCAAAAUUAGUCACCCUUUACUAUUUGAACUAUUUGACCAAAUUCGUAGAAUUGAUUGACACAGUGUUUUUAGUAUUGAGAAGAAAGAAACUACUGUUUUUGCACACUUACCACCACGGUGCCACCGCUUUGUUGUGCUACACUCAAUUAAUUGGUCGUACUUCUGUUGAAUGGGUAGUCAUCCUACUGAAUUUGGGUGUUCAUGUUAUCAUGUACUGGUACUACUUCUUGAGUUCGUGUGGUAUUAGAGUUUGGUGGAAACAAUGGGUCACUAGAUUCCAAAUCAUCCAAUUUUUGAUUGACUUAGUAUUUGUUUACUUUGCUACCUAUACAUUCUAUGCCCACAAAUACUUGGAUGGUAUUUUACCAAACAAAGGCACUUGUUAUGGUACUCAGGCCGCUGCUGCUUAUGGGUACUUGAUUCUAACAUCUUAUUUGCUUUUGUUUAUUUCCUUCUACAUCCAAUCUUACAAGAAAGGUGGUAAAAAGACAGCCAAGAGGGAAUCAGAAGUUUCCGGCUCCGUUGGAUCCGGUUCGUCUACUGGUGUCAAGACCUCCAGCACUAAGGUCUCUUCCAGGAAAGCUUAG